AUGGCCGCCAUAGUCCUGCCAAUGGCGGAGGAGGCCUGCUUGGUAGCACGGAGAGAGAUCCGCGAAUUAGACCAUAUUUCCUACUUCCGCAUUAAAUUUGGAGUAACUGAAAACAGCUCUAUGAAAGUGAAGUUAUGUGGCUUGUGCUCAUAUAGUGUUGAGCUGUCCAGCAGUGAGCAUCUGUAUAUGAUGAAGAGUUUUCAGCUUUCUUGUUUCCAACUCCUCUAUCUUCUAACAGCAGCAUUACUAGAACGUAAAGGUGAAACAGAGAGACCCUGCAAGCAGGUUCAUCAGUUAAACAUAAGACAUUUACUUAGUGACAACAUGUCUAUUUCUUGCCAAACAACAACCCACCCGCUGGAUUCUCUGACAGUCAAACUACGCAGUAUCAACCAAGAUAAAGUCAUCCUGAUGUAUCCAGACAUCUCUCCAGCAUCAGAGCCCCAGAGAUGGUCUGUGAGGAAAGAUGCUGGAAAUGUUACACUUGAUCUGAAAGACAUCAGAUCAUCCGAUGGUGGUCUUUAUAACUGUCAGGUCUACAAGGAUCAGGACUGCCUUCAUACAACUCGAUUUAACCUGAGUAUUAUAAGUGAGAAUGCAGAUGUUUUAAACAAGCUAAUAACCAUCAUUAGAGAACCAUAUACAUGUAAAAUAUGCCUACUUCUGUGUUUCUCUUGUUUCAGAGUGUAA